UUUUAAUGUGCACUAAGGAUCCGUGAGGUGCACUGUUUCCCAGCUAGGCUGCUUGCCAUUCAACCAGACUCUCCGCUAGAACUGAAUUCAGGGAGAGUAUCUGCUACUAAGGAAUCUGUAACCAUUCAAGCAAGUAAAAUGGGCACGGGGGAUUAUAUCUGCAUUACCAUGAGUGGUGGAGCACCGUGGGGGUUUAGGCUUCAGGGUGGCACAGAAGAUCACGAACCUCUAGAAGUUUCCAAGGUUAAAAGCCCAAGCAAAGCUUCCAUUGCUGGUUUAUGUGAAGGAGAUGAAGUUACUUCCAUUAAUGGAACCUCUUGUACUAGUAUACCCUACUCUGAGGUGGUGGCUCUUAUAGAGAAAUCAGUGGAUACACUUCAGCUGCUUGUCAAAAGAGCACUGACUAAGGCUACUUUAUCUGAAGUGAAGAACGGAAAAGAUGCAAAUAUCCAAGAAGAAGAGUAUACACAGAGUAUCACGUUGCAAAUCCGGCCUGGUCCAGAAACCCUUUCUGAAAAUAAUGUUUCGGAAAUACAAGACACAGGGGAGCAGAAUGACAAAAACAUACUUCAGUGCCACAAAAUGACACCCAAAAUGACUGAAACACCAAGAGCUUUUAUUCCUGUGAUAGAAAAACAUGGAGAAGGAAGGCAAGGUGCAGUGAUUGAACUUCAACUCUCCCUCUCUGCAGAUAUGCAUGUCGGAUCUGGUGCACCUAUUUUAACAGUUUUGGGUGCAGAAAAUGGGACCCCAUCAGAAAUAAAAGGAAAUGUGCAGAAUAAUGAAACUGCUUCUUUGAGUGAAAUUUGCCUUAAUCAGAAAGAGGGACCUGCCCAUAUGUCAUCUACAACAUUCCCGAUUGCGGGCAGGCAAGAGACAAAAAUCAUCCAAACAGUAGAAGCAGAUGAUCCAUCUUUCCCCAGAGUUCAGCUGAUCUUAGACUGCUCUGGUAUAGAGAAGGAAGAGUCUGAGUCUCUAUCUGACAGGGGGUGUGUUGAAUCUAAAGAGGAAGGAGGGCAGUUGGAGGCACCUCCUGCUGCUGUCUCCUUUGGAAUCACAGCAGAAGAAUCAGAGCAAGGAGAGGAGGAUCAACAGGCAGAAAGGGAUCACACAAGACCUCAGAAACAUAGGGCGAGGCAUGCAAGGCUCAGGCGUAGUGAAAGCCUGUCCGAAAAACAAGUGAAAGAAGCCAAGUCUAAAUGUAAAAGCAUUGCCCUUCUGCUGACAGAAGCUCCAAACCCAAAAUCCAAGGGGGUGUUGAUGUUCAAAAAGCGUCGUCAAAGAGCGAGGAAGUAUACUUUAGUUAGCUACGGCACAGGUGAACUUGAACAGCAAGAUUACGAAGACGACGAAGGCGAAACAGAUAAAGAAAAUACUUUUGAAGUUACAUUAUAUGGAGCUAGUGAAUCAGAUCUAGAUGAAGAUUUCUUCUCAGACCCUGAGAGCAAAGCCCACAUUGUGACUUUUGAUUGGGACACUGGUCUUGUAGAGGCUCAUAAUAAAAUUACAAGUAUUGAAACAAUGGAGCAGCUGCCAGAGACCAAAGGUAAAGGGGUCAUGAUGUUUGCUAAGAGGAGGCAAAGAAUGGAGGAGAUAACUGCAGAACAAGAAGAAACUAGAAGGCAAAGUAUGGGAGAGAAUGUCACUAUGACAGAGAACAUAAAUAAUGCCAUUUCCUAUCAAUCACAGCAGAAAGAAAGUAUUAAAAGUCAGAGCCUUGUGAGCAAGAGUUAUAUUGAGAUGAGCAGCAACCAAGGUAAAAUUCAAAAUGGAUUUGCUUCAGUGCACGAAUCUGGUCCUUCCUUUCAGCCUUCUGAGCUCCAGAAUCCAACAGCAUUAAACAGAACUGCAAAACCAUUUGGUGGCAUGCAGAACAGAGCUGCACUUACAUUCGCUUCUAGUAGAAAUUUAACCAGCCCAUUGUCAGAUAUGCCUGCACCACCACCAUAUUCUUCUGUGACUCCACCACCUGAACCAUUAUACCAUGUAUCUUCAGCUGUAGCUGGCAAAGCACAAGCAGCUGUAUGGUCCCCCUCUUACCCAGCAGAACAGAUAGCGUCUAGAGAUGAAAGAAUUGCAGUUCCUGCAAACAAAACAGGAAUACUGCAAGAUGCUAGAAGAAGAAACACAGCAAAACCUAUGUUCACAUUUAAAGAACAACCCAAAAUAAGCCCUAAUCCAGAGUUGCUCUCUCUUGUUCAAAAUAGAGAAGGGAAGCGAAUUACUGCAGCUGGAAAUGAAUCAGGACCUGAAGAAGACUACCUCACUUUGGGAGCAGAAGCAUGCAAUUUUAUGCAAGUUCAAAUAGGCAAGCAAAAAACACCUCCACCUGUUGCCCCUAAACCUUUAGUUAAAUCUCCUACAGCCAUGACCCCAGUUACACCAGUAUGGGCACCUCCAAUUGUUGCUCCUACACAUACCCAAAUAUACGCAAGUCAAAACAUUUCUCAAGAAGCUGGUCCAGUUCAAGACACAAUUGCACAUCCCGCUUCCUAUGCUAGCAAUCCUCCAAAUUCUCUUAAUUUAUCUGGUCCUACUAGAGAGCCUUAUAAAGCAUCUGCUGCUGUACAUCACACAUACACCCCUAUAACUCCUUUAGGCAGCAAUGCAGUUGCUGGAGGUGUGGGGCCUGCAUAUGAAAUGCCAGCUUUAAGUGGUAAAGGUGCAGCACUGUUUGCCAAAAGGCAGUCUCGGAUGGAAAAGUUUGUAGUGGAUUCCGCAACAGUACAAGCCAACACAGCUAGACCAACCUCCCCAACACCAUCUUUACCAUGUUCAUGGAAAUAUUCAUCCAAUGUACGGGCCCCUCCUCCACAGGCAUAUAAUCCAAUUCAUUCACCACUUUACCCUCCAGCAGCUAACAAGACAGCAUCCAAAGGUGUAUCCUCAACUGCAAAAAGAAAGCCUACGAAAGCACUCAGCCCUCUUGAGGUCAUGAAGCAUCAGCCUUAUCAGCUUAAAUCUUCAUUAUUCACUUUUCAACCUCCAUCUGAUGCUGCAGAAACAGCACCCUUCAAACAAAAAUCAGAUCAUCUGCCUCUUGCAAGACAAGCUCAGCCUACAAAACCAAUAAAUACUCCUGCAAACUUCCAGCCAGCACCUGCAUACUCUCAGCCAUCCUAUAGCGCACAGCCUUCAUUUCAAUCAAGUGUCUUCACACCAACAGAGCCCUCUCCACCUGUGGGAUACCCCAUGCAUCCUAGACAAGAGUCGCCUGUAUCAGCAUUGGUUCCUCCUCCAAGGCCGAAAUUUUCUGCAAAGAAAGCUGGAGUGGCAGCUCAGGGAAGUUACGAUGGGAGGCCACAUUUUUUAGCUGGAAGAAGUACUUCGUCUGGCUGUUUACAACCUAUUGGAUCACCCUCUUCUCCUCUGCUUUUCGAGCCUGCCCCUGGUUAUGUUAGUAAAGCUUCAACAACAGAUACACCUGGCAAGAGACUGACACCAUGGGAAGCUGCCGCAAAAUCUCCACUGGGUCUGGUUGAUAAUGCGUUCCUGCCUCAAACCGUACAUGAGUCCGUUUCUGCCAAUGUCAUGUCUGCUGCACGUAGGAAAACCCUUCCAGCAGCCUGGAAGUCAGUCUCAGGUGUGCCAGCCAUUUCAGGCCCAUAUAAAGGCAUGCCGGAGAAAAGGCCUAGUGGUAUUGCAACAGUACCAAAGAAUGUCAUUUCCGCCCCAUCUUUCCAGUGUGGGUAUCAGCUCAGGUACCCAUAUUCCAGCCAGCAGUCUUUUACAGAUCCUAGACCAGUGCCCUUGGAUACCAGGUCAGAAUAUGGCAUGCCUACAUUUCGUAAUACAAACUAUAAUGCUUACCCUAGGCUCUGGAAGCGUUAAGUAUCAAGGUAGAUUAUAAAAUUCUUGUAUUUUAAAAUGGAGUUUAGCAAAGUUCCCCAAGAAAUCGAAGGGAAUUAGUCAUGAAGCCGAGUACAGACCAAAGCGUGUGCCCAAUAUAUCUGCUGUUUCAGACUUUGUGUACUUUAGCAUUAUCUUUCACAUUUUAUUCACAAAAUUCUGGAUUGUUGUGGUGUAAUGAGAGUGUGAGCAUGUCCACUCAUCAGUUGCAAAUAAAUCCUUACAUCUUCACACGCACAUAGAUGUCCUCGGAUAUACAUGAAGUUCUAGGUUUAACAAUGGAGGCCUUUGCUGGGUCAGCACAAAUGCACAACUGAUGACAUUUUCUCAGCACCAACAUGCAAAUGCUUUGCUGAGCAUGUAACAUUAGCUAUGUCCUUUCACAUUCCUGUCUCUUACUUCUGUGUCCCUAUGUUUAAGUCCCACAUGGGACAUUCGAUAAAAAGUUUAGGGGGCAUAUUUAUUAUGCUGUGUAAAACAAAAUUUGCUGAAUAAACAGUGUAAUUAUUGCGCCAUGUUAAUGCCAGAUUUGACGCUAUAUUGCUUCUGAUAGAAAUCACUCUAAAAAAAAAGUGUAAAAAUGUUACGCUGUUUUUUUACACAGCUUCUAUGUGUGGUGUACUAUCCUGCUGGUUUUUUUACACAGCAUAAUAAAUAAGUCCCUUAGGGGGUCCGUUUACUAAAGCACGGUAACAAUAUGCGCA